AGAAGCAGAAUGAGGAUUAAAAACCAUAAAUCGAAACUAACAAAAGCAAACUAAUCGCAUUAUCGGAAUAUGUUCGCAACACGCUCAAUUUAAGCUAGACAACAGACAGAGAGAAAGAAAGAGAGAGAGAUUUGAGUUACGUAGACAAAACCAAACCCACAAAAAGGGAGGACAAAAAAAAAGCCAGCAAAGCCGAUCAAUUGCAAAACGCUGCCCGGGAGGAGGAGGGAGAAAAGAGGCGAAGGCAGUUCAUUUGUUUGAAAUACAAUGAAGGUUUCGGAUUACCAUACCAGACCAGAAUAUCAAAGUCACGUCAUCCCGUGCAAAGGAUGAGGCGUUCAAGAGUUAAUAGCGCAUCAUUAGCAUCAGCAUCAAUCGCGGCCCAAACGCAGCUCUCACAGCUCUCCCACCGCCAUCAUCCAGAGACAACAACAACAACGACAACAACAACAGCAACAACAACAACAAGAAGGCAGCAUCAACAUCGAAACGAACUUCGAUUCACUGAAUUGAGGAGACGGAGACUGAGAGAGAGAGAAAGUCAUCGUCAAGGUCUCAAUCUGAUUCGAUUGCUUGCGGUUGUCGCUGUGAUUGGACAACGUUUGGCUUUGGGCACAUCAGAGACGACAGCAGCAGCUGGAACAUCAACGUCUGUGGCCAUCGAACAUAGUCGGAGCAAUAAUCACAACAAUACGGAGAAUAAUUUCUAUUUUGAUGAGCAUAAUACGACAAAAACAAUAACAUUCAUUCCUGUGGACACGUUAGCCACAAUUCCGGACGUUGGCCAGAUGCCAGAUGCAACCACAACAACAACAACAACUAUAACAACAACAACAACAACAAUAGGAGCAGGAAGCACAACAGCAGGCAGAACAACGGCACAAGUUGCACUGACAUCGGAACAACCAUCGAUGAGAGACCAAACAAUUGGAAUUAUCAAUAGCAACAAUAACAACAAUAAUCAUCAUCAUCAUAGCACAACAAUUAAAAGUUCAAGUGCAAUUGAUUCAUUGGUCACAUUGGGAUUAGCGACAGCAUCGUCAUCAUCAACAUCAUCAUCAUCCUCAUCAUCUUCAUCCUCAUCCUCAUCAUCGUCGUCGACAACGACGAAAAGUGCUCGGAGCACAGCAAAGCAACCAAACGAUUCAACAAAGUCACGCAAUCAUUGGACAUUUGGAGGCGCCCCCGAUGCGGAACGUUCGCGGACAUUUCGCAGCAAGUAUCAUCAUGAGAACCACUACGGUCCCUUCUUCGAGGAGCCCUCCACCCAAAUUGAUCCCGGCAAGACGCUGGUCGCCGCCGUGCAUCUCUUCACCGAAGCCGUGCUCAAUUGUCGCGUCGGCAUGUUGAAGGACAAAACUGUCAUGUGGGUUAGAAGGACCACCGAGAAGGUCUCCCUGCUCACCGUUGGCAAUGUGACGUACAGUGGAGAUCCGCGCAUUCGUGUCAAAUUCCAAUAUCCAAACAAUUGGCGUUUGCUCAUCAAUCCCACCCAGCGGGAAGAUGCUGGCAUCUAUAUGUGUCAGGUUUCAACGCAUCCGCCGCGGGUCUUUACCACUAACCUCACCAUAUUGGAGCCACCUUUACGCAUUAUUGAUGAACAUGAACGAGGCGUCGGUGAUCGGUAUUAUAAAUCGGGCAGCACCGUCGAUCUGCAGUGCCAAAUCUCUCGAAAUUUCUUUCAAAAGGAACGCAACAAUAUCUUCAAAUCAACCGAAUCGGGCAAACUGAACGAUACGGGCAACGAGCUGAAUCUCAAUUUGAAUUUGAUCAGCGAUGCCAACCAAACGCAUACGACUUUCACCAGCCAAGAGCUGGAGAAAUACUUUACUAAUUUUAUUACCUGGGCCAAGGACGAGGAGCCACUUCAAGCACUGACCAAUAGACGAUCUAGCGUAUCCGAUAAAUGGCUGACUAGCCGCAUUUCCAUACCAGAAGCCAAACUCUCAGACAGCGGCAACUAUUCAUGUUCACUCGGCAGACUUUUUACCGUCAUUGUUCAAGUCCAAGUUCUUACUGGGGAAUUACCGGCUGCAGUGCAACAUAAUUUAGCUCGUAAAUCUGGCAGCUGUUUGCUAUUAUCCUGGAGUCUUUUCAUCAUUGUGAUUUGCUUCUACAUGCUCAAAAAUCAUUCUUCGCAAUUUCAUUCAAUCAAAAUAUUGAGUGCUUGAGAUAAGGAAUUGCCAAAAAA